GGCAACAUUUCUCUUAACUGGCGUGGUGGCAGCAGGUAUCGAAACCACGCGUCUGAACACAAGCAGACUUUCCCGAUGGCGUCUGCUCCCCGUGACAGUAUAGCCUGUGGAAUAUGCAUGGACAGAUUCCGUGAUCCGAGAAGCCUUCUGUGUGGCCAUUCCUUCUGUCACCAAUGUCUGGAGGACCACGUCUUCAGCACAGUCACCUGGUGCUGUUUCCGCUGCCCCAUCUGCAGAAAAGCCAAUUACUUCGACAACACCAAGUCCCUGGCUGAACAGUUUGGCCUCAACUACUCCCUCAUACAGAUCAGUGAGCGGAUCACGCAACAGCAGAUGGCUCCUGUGGUGACCGGUUCAAGCAACGUCGUUGUAGCAGGAGGUAACAUCGUUGACAGCAAAGUCAAUAUCACCAUCACCAACGUUUACGGAAUAGACACACCCAAAGCAAAGCUGAAAAAGUCCCUGGAUCAACUGGAAACAUCGUUCCAGUCCAUGGAGGUGAAACUUCAGUACCAGCGUCAACAAGAGUUAGUGAAUCUCGACCUCAACGUGUCGCAGAUUAAACAUGACAUCGAUGCCAGUGCUGAGAAACUGAUAGAACUCUACAAAGCCUCAGACAGUGAUCAUAAGAAUGUUGAGAAGUUUACAGAGGAAAUCUGUGGUGGUCGGGAAUCUCAACAUAUCCAGUUAUCUAAACUACACGAGACUGCCAGAACUAAAAUAGACGAACAGUUUAAUGAGGAAAGAAUGGUGUUAGUUGAACCAAGACAAUUGUUACAGGAUAAUUUGUUGGUUAAAAAUUCGUUAACAGACUUAGAAAUUGAAAAGAACACAGAAAGAAUUGAUAAUGCUAACAAAAUAUUAACAGAUUAUUUGGCUCAAAAUCAGACAAAACCCACACAAACAAGAAUCACAUUUACAAAAUCUGCAUGCGAAGGAGAUGCAAUUUGUCCAAAUAUUGGUAUACUUUCUUGGACAGACGGACGGACCGAGAUGAAAGGAGAGACCAUUUGUCCAGAUAUUGGUAUACUUUGUCUGACAGACGGACAGACAGAUAUGGAGAUGAAACAAGACACGGAAGACAGACAGGAAACUGGACAUAAAAACCAGGAAAGUGUCUAUUUAAAACUUCUGAAGGUCAUCAACACCAGAUAUGAUCCUAAUACAACCGAACUUACUCCCCUUCUGACUUCAAUCGAUGUAAUAGUCGUAUACGAAUCAUUAAAAGUACUAGUAGCUGAUUGCAGGAACUUGUGUAUUAAAUGCUACAAUUAUGACGACGGCAUGCUGUAUUGUUCUUAUAAGACAAGUGAUGCGCCACGUGGUCUAGCGAAACUACAGGACUGUCGAGUGGUCGUAACAUUACCACAUGAGCGACAGAUUGUUUUUUUCACUGUUACUGAUGUCAUCACAGUAACCAAUACUCUGAAUAUGGAGAAGGGAUAUUUCAACAUAACCCAGUUACACGACUCCCAUCUGGCAGCCACUGUAUGGUUGUCGAAACCUGGCUGUGUCGAUAUCCUUGACCUCAAGGGUCACGUGAUGCGUUCCAUAUCGAACCUGACCGCUAAACCUUGGUAUGUCACAGUGUUGGGUAUUAACCUGUUCGUCGUGUCGGGUGUGAACACUGUGACGUGCAUGACAUCAUCUGGUGACAUCAACUGGGUGACAUCUCCCAACACCAAACCGAGGUUUGCGUGGGGUAUAGCGUGUGACAGAUCGGGCUUUGUGUAUGUGGUGGAUCGCGACAGCAAUACCGUUAUUCAGCUGUCCCCUAGUGGCGAGUAUUUGUGCGAUGUUCUCACUGGACAUGACAAGAUAUCGGUCCCGAGGGCUCUGUGUUUUAACAGGGACUUGCUGUACAUGACUCAGGAUAACGGAGAAAUAAAAAUAUUUAUAGCAAAACAGAAUUAGGGCCAUAUGAAGCCUAAAACAAAUAGGAGUAUGUUGAUACAAAAAAAAAAAACCACCAAUUAUCGGGUCACAGUAAUAUAGAAUAUUUCUAUCCAGAUCAAAUUUUUUUCGACUAUUAAUAAAAAAACAACAGCUUUUGAGUUGGA